AUGUCUGGAGAACUUCCAUUAUCUGCUAUAUACGACCAGGCGCUCGCUUCCUCGUCUCGUUUAUCGGAAUACUCGGCUCUAUCCCCCGAAUACAAGUCUCUUUCCGACGAAGCCCUGAGAGAUCUUCGGCAGGUGGCCCAAGCGGUCUCCGACUUGCAACUUUUUAGCAGAAACGAAACUCUGGAAGACAUAUCGACCAAACAGCUCGUCUAUCUUACUGUGCCAUAUGCUACCGCAGAACUCUUGCUUGCGCUCCCUCGGCUGAACCUGCGAUCCGAAAAGAUAUACUGGGACAGGCUGAGGUGCUUUAUUCUAGCAUCUUCUCAGCUACAAAAAUUCAUUACUUAUGUAACCGACUAUGGUAUUGUGGACGACACCACAAUCCAAACAACUAAUCGGCUGGCUCAAAUGUCGAAGAAUCCAGCCCAGAGGCGAGAAGCAAAAAUCCAACAAUACCAGGCUGAGAAACAGUUGAAAUCACGAAUUCAAGCUCUAAGAUCCCAAACGCUUGCGACCAACAUUGAAGAGCCCUCCAAUAACUACGACUCGAUUCGAAUGCUAAUCAGCUCUGGAGCAUCACACGCGGGGAGCGUCAAUGUUGACGACGACGAUCUUGACAUGGACGAUGAAACUCGGCGCGAAUUAACUAUCACCCUUCUUCGCCUGCUGUAUGCGCAAACACAAUCAUCUCUUCAGCAAAUCAAAGAAGAAGCUCAAAUUCUUCAAAAUAUGCCCUCACCCUCCAGCAGCCAUUCUCAACCCGAAACAAGUAAACGUAAUGAUGAUACAUGGCGACUUGAUACGACACCUCGCGGAGGACCCGAUGGACGAGGGCCACUUAUGGAUUCACAGGGACGCCCACUAAGGCCCUUUACUAUAUUACCAAGUAACGUUGCAGAGCGAACGAGACUCCAGAACGAGGUCUUCCGUCCAGAUCACAGGCUUCCGAGCAUGUCAAUCGACGAAUAUCUGGCUGAAGAAGAGAGGAGAGGGAACAUCUUGAGAGGAGGGGGGAAAGCAUCCGAGCAAGCUCCCACAUCGUCGGAGCGGCUCGCUGUAGAUUCGGAACAAGAUGGCACUCGAUUUGGAGAGGAGAAGUCAGAAGAGAAGCGAAAAAAGGACGAAGAAUGGGCGGUGUUUACGGAUGCAAACCCCAAGGGCGCGGGCAACACUAUGAAUAGGGGUUUUGAGGAUUCGCCACCGGUCACGUGCUGCACGGAACUAUGCAGUACGAAAGCCCAACCCCUUCUAGACCAUCACCGCCACAUAGAUGGUCUCCUCAUCUCACCGACACUUUUACCGGCACCUCAAAUAUUCCCAUUUCUUCUUCCAAAGCCUCACCAGCCUCACGCUACACCUAUCCCCCGGAACGGACAGGUCAAGUUUAAUGAACGACGCGAUUUGAAAGAGGAGGCCGAUGUACUAAGUGAUGAGGAAUUAGAAAUCGAGGAAUUGAUGGCAGAGAUCAAAACUUACGGGCAUAACUUCCUUAUACCAAUUGGAAAGAACAUGACAUUGGAUGAGGAGAGUGCAGAUGCCGCAGAUCCGUCGGAGCCUGGGAGCUCGGACUCCAACUCUCAAACUCAAUCAGCCUCUCAAGCUGAGGAACUGGGGACUGAUUUGGAUGCGGAUAUGCAAGAUCUGGAUGCUGAAGUCCAGGAUCUGGAUGCGAGCACUCAAGAUUUAGAUACCAGUGCUCAAGACUUGGACGCCAGUGUACAAGACCUGGAUGCAAGCAUACAAGACCUGGACGCAGAUAUCCCCAACGAAGAUUCAGAGGCAAGCAUAGCGACGGACCAGAGUUUUGUAGAUGAUGAACAAGUCGACCAGGGCCUUUAG